AUGAUGGAGUCCUGCCUGCUGGUAACCCCUUCACCUUCACCAGGGGACAGCUCUGGGAACCAGGCUUACACCUUGCACUCUAGACCCCAGCGCUUAGACCCUAGCACCCCUCCUGUAAAUCCUGCUCCACCCACUCCAAGCUGGCACUGCUGGCUUUCACCUGUCUCCCGAGUGUCCCCAUUUUACGGAGGGCGACACCGGGGUGCUGAGGACAAGGAUCUUGCCCAAGGUCACUUAGGUGUCAUAGGGUACAACCACAACUGCAUUUCAAAACCAGCGCUGGAGAUCCAAGUCCCCAGCCUUGCUUGGCAGCCACAAUUUUUCCUGCUGCUGCCGGCGGAGUGCACCCCUUAUGGUGGCUGCAGGAGGAGCGUCCCGCAGGGCCUGGUCAGGCUUGCCCCCGAGGAAUCCACGGAGACCAGGGGCUUCUUGCUGGCUAGCACAGCUACACAGCUCGUGGUGAGGACCACUGAUUCUACUUACAGGCUGGGAAAUGCCACGGGGAAACUUGAAGAUGAGGGCAACUUGUACUCAGAAAACAUCAGUCGGAUCCUGGACAGUCUGCUGGAAGGCUAUGAUAAUCGGUUGCGGCCAGGAUUUGGAGGUGCUGUCACAGAAGUCAAAACAGACAUUUAUGUGACCAGUUUUGGGCCCGUGUCAGAUGUGGAAAUGGAAUAUACAAUGGAUGUUUUCUUCCGCCAAACUUGGACUGAUGAGAGAUUGAAAUUUGGGGGACCAACUGAGAUUCUGAGUUUGAAUAACUUGAUGGUCAGUAAAAUCUGGACACCUGACACUUUUUUCAGAAAUGGCAAGAAGUCAAUUGCUCACAACAUGACAACCCCUAAUAAACUCUUCAGAAUAAUGCAAAACGGAACCAUUCUAUACACUAUGAGGCUUACCAUCAAUGCUGACUGUCCCAUGAGACUGGUUAACUUUCCAAUGGAUGGGCAUGCUUGUCCACUCAAGUUUGGAAGUUAUGCUUACCCUAAAAGUGAAAUCAUAUAUACAUGGAAAAAGGGGCCAUUGUACUCUGUAGAAGUCCCAGAAGAAUCAUCUAGCCUCCUCCAGUAUGAUCUGAUUGGACAAACAGCAUCUAGUGAGACCAUUAAAUCUAAUACAGGUGAAUAUGUAAUAAUGACAGUUUAUUUCCACUUACAAAGGAAGAUGGGCUACUUCAUGAUACAGAUAUACACUCCCUGUAUUAUGACAGUCAUUCUGUCUCAGGUGUCUUUCUGGAUUAACAAGGAGUCUGUCCCAGCAAGAACUGUCUUCGGAAUCACCACUGUUCUAACCAUGACAACUUUAAGCAUCAGUGCUCGGCAUUCCUUGCCUAAAGUUUCAUAUGCAACAGCCAUGGAUUGGUUCAUAGCUGUUUGUUUUGCGUUCGUGUUCUCUGCUCUAAUCGAGUUUGCAGCUGUCAACUACUUCACCAAUCUUCAGACGCAGAAGGCCAAAAGGAAAGCACAGAUUUCAGCCUCCUCCCCUGUGACAAUAUCAAAAGCAACUGAACCUUUGGAAGCAGAGAUUGUUGUGCGCUCUGAUUCAAAGUACCACCUAAAGAAAAGAAUCACCUCUCUGACUUUGCCAAUAGUUCCAUCUUCCGAGGCCAGCAAAGUUCUCACAAGAGCACCCAUCCUACCGCCAACACCUGUCACACCUCCACCACUCUCACCAACUUUUGGCGACACUAGUAAAAUAGACCAGUACUCUCGAAUUCUCUUUCCAGUUGCUUUUGCAGGAUUCAAUCUUGUAUACUGGAUAGUUUAUCUUUCCAAAGAUACAAUGGAAGCUAGUAAUAGCAUUGAAUAG